GUUGGAUUUGAGGAGCCGAAAGUUUUGCACCAUAUCACGGUAGCGCUCGCCAGUGACAGUAAGAGAAUUACCUAAAGCGUCUUCAAAAAAGCCGACUUAGUAAACUAUACGACAAGCGAUGUGAUUGAAUGGGAAAAAAGAGCGUUAGCUGAAAUGCGAAACAGCACACACCUUAGAAGGAGUACUAGUACUGCAGCUAGGAGGCCAGCACGAACGAUGAACCCUAGAUUGCAGAGGAUGACUAUGCAGAUACGAGAAGUUUUGCCACAUGUACCAUUUAAUGCCAUUUAUAACGAUCUAUGUCAUACUGAAAGCGUCGAUAAUACAAUCACAAACAUACUGGAAGGUAGGGUGCAAUUCACACCAGAAUCACCUAGUACUUCUAGUGAUAGCAGCACGCCAUCAACAUCAGCUUUCAAGGAGCACCCUACAUCUCCAGUAGGCAGUCAAUUAUUGUCAUCCAAUACUGCAGUGACAUCUUUUCCUAAAUCGGCUUCAGAAAGGGCUAAAUCGUUCCAAGAGAGGAAAAUGCAGUUGAUCGCAAAUGCAAGAAGAAGAUACAUUGAGAAGCACAACCUAGAUAUAUCAGUUUAAUUUAUAAUAUUAGUGCCAAAUCAGACUGCAGUAUCUAAUUUUGUACACUUUCUGUUUACAUAUCAGCUCUGAUGUAAAUAGUGAUACUUCGAAAUGGAAAUAUGAAAAGAGUGAUAGCAUUAUUUUGGAACUAUACAAAUAUUACACUAGAAUUAGGGCUUAAAUCACAGAUUUGUUGUAAAAUAGUAAGUAUGAAGUAAUAGUGUAGACAAUUUUACCUUUAAACUACUAAAUCGACUGCUCACAAUUAUGAAAUACAUUGAAUGCUAAGAUAUUUUUGAUUCUUAUUGUAGAUUUGGCAAUAAGAAAAACAAACGGGUCAGUGUUGCUACUAUAGAGUAUAUAUCUUUUAUAAAAAGGUAAUGUGCAACUAGAGCUUAUUACCACAACUGCUGACAGCAAUGGAGUGCGAGGAAUCUGCGGACUUUUGGCGCGACGAUUUCCACUUCGGAAAUGGUUAAAAAGUAGAAUUUUCCUCAACAUUUUGCAACACUUGUCAUCAUUAAAUAGGAAUAGCUAGAGCAGCGAUCUGUAACUGAUUAACACAAGAAAAAAUGGAUUAAUUUGUCAGAACAUUGAUGCAGCUCUCAGCUAGCUCAUGUUCGGGCUACCCAGGACUCACCACGGGGGGUUGCUGCGUAUCGAAUCCCAUCCCUUCCUCGACCCGUUUCUCAGUUUCAACAAAAGGAAAAAUAAAUAUCGUUAUCUCUAAAACUUGAAAAUACAAACCUCAAAAAUAAAAAGUUCUGAAACUGAAAGACGCACAAAAAUCGAACUCUAAAUUCUGAUUAUUCAAAAAACAAAUAUAAAACGACUAUGAAUAGUCGUAAAUAGGUGCAAAUAUAAAUAAUUAAAUAUUCAACAAAUGGUAGUCCCUGCGAUGCGGUUUUAUGCCACACCAUUAUUCGAGCAGGAACUGUCACUGUGAACUGUUGCUGUCACUAUCAUUGUCGUCAUUUAAGUUAAUUACCACUGGUCGGAUUAUCCGGAAUGGUUCAAUUGCCAAAACUUUUCCUCUUCUUUGACUACAUGCCUUAUGCAAUUCUGCCGGGUGUCACCAGUUACACCCUCAAUGGCCUCUUCGAAAAGAAUACGAACAUAUGCCACCUUCAUAGUAGUAUUUUUACGCACUACCUUAUUUUUUAUUUAAUAAUAAAAAUAAUAAAAUGCCUUUUAUUUUCCUGGCGAGUAUUCAGCUAGCAGCUGUUCUUACUCCCUAACCAGGGCACCAAUUGCUUACAAGCACCUUUACAAUAAAAUUUAAUAAUUUAUAAGAGUGUGAAAAAAACAAGUCUGUUUACAGUUAUAUAGAUCUCUAAAUAUGAGCUCCUUGAUUUGUCCUUUAAAUCUACUAAGUGUACUAAGUAGCUGCCUGACUGAAAGCGAUAUUUUAUUAUACAAUGCAGCUCCUAUAUAAGAAAACGAUUUUUUAAAAUUAUAUAAUAAUAAUAAUAAUAAUCUAUAUUCCAAAUUGUACAAUGACAUUACAAAAAUUGUAAAGCCACUACAAAAUGAAAUGUUGCGUCACUGUCACCAUAACUAUAGUAGUUUACCUGAGACCUUUUUGUGUUACAUGGUUAUUUAUCUUAAAACAGCUACUAUCUUAUACUAUUACAACUCUCAUAGAACUCAUUUAUUGUAUAAGGCUCUGACUGUACUAGAAAUUACUUCAUAGUCUUUUUAAAUUUAUGUAAACUGUUUAUGUUUUUAAUUUCAUUUGGUAGAUUGUUAAAAAAUUUUAAACAGAAAAAAUAAUCCCAUACUUCAGAACA